AUGGACGGCUUCGCCUAUCCGCAGCAGGGGGAGAGCAGCAAACUCCAAUACGCUGCCCUUAGCCACGGAGGCGUCGAUGGGUUCCUGCCAGUCAUGAAUCCUACCAACCAGAGCGAGGCAGGCAGUCUACCUACCAUCGAGUUCAGCGCCUCGCAGGGCUUCUUUGGGCAGCUCGAAUCGUCGCCAACGCCUCGGCCGCCUCUUUCUUCUGACCCCUCGACGUCCUCCGCACCCCACACGCACGACCAAAGCCCAUACACGACCUCCUCGCGCACCGCCUUCUCGGGCAUGGAUCCGAUGAGCACGCUUGGUCAUGGAUCGCAUCCCGCCUUCACUCGAUUCAGAAAUCAUCAGCAACAAGGGUUGCCCUCUGCUGCACCUUUCCCAGAUGUCAAGCUCUGGAACGAUCCUGCGGUCCGUGGCGACCCAAUCGAUGCCGGCGACAAGGCCACAUCGCAAACGAGAGGUCCAAACCCCACCCCACAAGUGCGAACCGACGCUCCAAGCCAUCACUUGGAUAGUGAAGACAGGGCACGCAGAGCAGCCGAGGUGGAUCGCCGCAACAAGCUGCGCGAGCAAGAAAAGGUGCGAAGAAAGCUCGAAAUCCAAAAACAGAUUGACGAUGGCUUCGCGUCACUCAGCAUGGAAACUGCGACCCCAGUGCAGCAGCUACAGGCCAAGCGGGACGAGGAAGACAAGCUUCGCAGAAGGCGAGGACUGGAGCAAGAGAUCCAGAACGGCAUCACGGCGAUCCGACAAGAGAGGACCCGUCAGCGUGCUCGCGUCGAAUCGGACCGUCAAGCCUGCCGAAAGUGGCUCUCGGAUCUGCAACCUGCCAAAUCCUCCGCGGACACCAGCACAGCUUCACAGGUGAUCGAUGCUGUCGAUCCCUACCUCGCCCUAGGUCGUCAAAUCCGAGGAUUCUGGAAUCACUCGAGACCGCCAGCCGCAGCCCAUUUACGCCGCGACGAGGUCGUUGCAGACGUCCAACGAGCCAUCGAUCGAAAGUGGCCCGGACAGAAUCUCAAGGUUGCGGCCUUCGGCUCCAGCGUGACGGGCUUGCUCACCGCGUCCUCCGACCUGGAUCUCGUCCUGCUGGAUCCUACCCGACCAUACGGUGUGGGUACCCCACCCGAUCUUUGUGGCAGCCCCAAAGGAUUCGUGCGCCAUUCUGCCGGAAUGCCAGACUGGUACAGCGUGCACCAAGUGGCGCAUGCACUUCGAAACUCGAACAAGUUUGCACCUGUCCAACCCAUCAGCGGAGCCAACGUGCCCAUCGUCAAGAUGGUCCACAGCAAACAUGGCAUCCCCGCCGACAUCAACAUCAACGAGCGCUUCGGCCUCUUCAACUCGCAGCUCAUCAGCGCUUAUGCCGACCUGCAACCGGGCCUGGUGCGUCCGCUCAUCUUCUUUCUCAAGCAUUGGUAUUCGCAACGCGAUCUCAACGACCCCGCCGGCAAGACCGGCAAUAUGACGUUCAGCAGCUACACCAUCGCACUCAAGGCCCUGCAGGUACUCCAGGUCGAGGGCGUGCUGCCCAAUCUGCAAUCCCCACCCCUACUAAACAGCCUACAAAUCCACCCUAGCUUCCUGUUCGCAAGGCCCAAGCGACCGAGGCGCAGGAACGAGAAGAAAUCCACUGCUGUGUCCGACGAGGCUGUCCGUGGCGGUCUCAACGGCAGCUGGCGAGCACAGCAGGACCCCACCGCUCCGAAGCCAUACGACGUCACAUUCGUUCGGAGCCAGAUCGACGCGAGCCCGUAUCGCGCAAAGGCUCUUGAAAUUGCGGAGCAGAGUGAUGAUGCAUCGCAUGCGAGCGCUUCGAGUUCUGCGAGCACGGACGGCGCGGAUCGGCUGCUCGGAAAGAUGCUUGUGGCAUUCCUUCGAUUCUACUCGCAGCUCGACCGAAAAGCGCAAGCCAUCUCGCUUGUCAACGGUUCGCCUAUUCAACGUCGACGGAGCUCGCAGCCAAGGCACAUCCUUUUCGACUCAGCGGACGAGGACGAAACGUCGGAACAUGGCGAGCAUUCGGCCGACGGCGCCGAGGCCGAUGUGUGGGCUGGCGACGAGCUGGUGGUUCAGGACCCCUUCAUUGUCGAUCGAAACACGUCGCGAAACAUCAAGAGCAAAUCCAUCGAGCGCUGGCAAAGCGAGCUCCAUCACGCCCUGCAAUUCUUGGGCUUCGACGGACGAGGCUCGGCUCCGUCGCCGACCCGGCUCGACGACGUGCCGUUGCUCCUGGAUCUCUGCAUUCCGCCGGACGUGGCCGAUUUCAUGGAAGUUGACGAUGGUGGCUCUCGCGCAUCCGCGAAGGGACGCCAUGCUGCCAAAUCCAAGGAGCCGUGGAGGAGCCAGGAAGAGGCUCAGGCGCAAGCGCGAGAAAUCGCCAAGCAGGCGGCGGAGAAGCUGCGCAGCGAGAAGAAGAGGAGGGCAAACAGGGCCAAGGCUAGCGAGGCUCGUAUCCUGAGGGAAGAGGCGGCCAUGGUGCAAGACAUCGUGAACGACAUGCAUCCUGUGCAAGUUUCAGGCUUGAUGGAAGAUAACGACCAGCACGACGUUGUGCCCGACCGGGGUCAGGAAGAUGGCCCCGGCCGCCACAAUCCGAUCCCUUCCACGUUCAGCGUGGCGCCGUCUGCCGGCAAGGCUUCUGCGCCGACACGCGGGUUCAAUCACCACGACGCGAAUGGCCUGCAUGCAAGCGAGCAUCUCGCUCAAGACCUUGCGCUGAGUCCGACCGUGUCCUCUGGCACAAGCAAGACGGACGAGACCUCGUCUUCCGAGGACCUCGACCUCGUCGCCCUGCGCUUAAAGUAUGGAGACCGCUUCGACGCGUGA